UCAUUCUCAUCACUGCAAUGAUGACAAUGUCAGCAAAGCAUGCGCUUUUCCGCUUUCUCUUUCUCUUUCAAUUCAGUACUUACAACCAUCAAACAACAAUUAAUCACAGAUGCCUCGCAGACAGCCCACAUCGACUCGCCAGAAAAAGGAGGAACGACAGCUCAAACGAGCUGUAAAACGCGGAGAAGUCUCUCCUCCACCGCCUAAAGGAAGGAAAAAGCCUACAAACAGAUCCAGGGUUCUUCACAGCAAUGCCCCUGCAUCUGCUUUAGUCGAAUCAUCAAGGAAAUUGCAGUCCACUUUCAUCAAAUCAUCACGUCAGUUCCUUGAGAACACCAAAGCAUUGGCAUCUACUAUUCCUCUUCCACGACCGAUUCCCCCGACUGCAGCUAUCUUGCCCCAAAGCUAUGAACAGAGCUCUGAGUUUGAGGCCUUGACUUGCCCGCGGAGACCGAAGUGGCGAUACGACAUGUCCAAAAAAGAAGUGGAAUCGAACGAAGAGGGUCUUUUCAAAAAAUGGUUGCAAGAAACAGAUAGCGCUUUAGAGAGAUGGAGAUUAGGGAACAAGAGAUCCGACGACCAUCUUGAUGAUACAGAGCACGAACGAGAGCCAGCAAUCGUACGUUCCUCGUCGUCUUUCGAGCGGAAUCUGGAAGUAUGGAGACAAUUAUGGCGUGUUACAGAAAUAUCACAGAUAAUCCUUGUACUCGUAGACUCCAGAUGUCCUCUUUUACACUUUCCGCCGUCUCUUGCACGCUAUCUCUCGAAUCGCAAGGUGAUCCUUGUACUCACCAAGGUCGAUAUCACUGGCCCUGUACGAGCAAAUGCGUGGAUUGAUUACCUCCGCAAUUCCUUUCCUGAUCUCAGAGUAGUGCAAGUACAGGCGUACGGCACCAAGGAAGAGAGUUUUUAUCAUCAAGGGCGGUCUAAAUACGAGUCCCGGAUUCCUCAGAUAUUCAAAGAACAGUUACUUGACGCGAUUCGAGACCUGCACGCAGAAAUUUUGCAGCCACCCAGGAAGAUAAUGGAAAAUCCUGAUCGAUUGAAAAGUUGGAAGCCACCUGUGAAGCAGGAGAUUGACUGGAAUGCCGCCUUGAAUCAUCACGCCCAACGAACAAUGGUUAUUCCAGACACAAGUGACCCAGAAGAGGACAGUUUCCUUACUAUUGGAUUGCUUGGUUCACCCAACGUCGGCAAGUCCUCACUACUGAAUGCUCUCUUCGGAGAAUCCAAAGUUCGAGCUUCAAAGACUCCCGGAAAGACGAAACAUUUCCAAACUCUUUUGUGGACGUCGGAAAUUCGCCUUGUGGACUGUCCUGGAUUGGUUAUGCCUAACUAUGUGCCCAUGGAAAUGCAGGUGCUUUCGGGAGUUUUACCAAUUUCUCGUGUCUCUGCCAUCCCUGCAUGCGUUCACUACGCAGCCCAGCUUCUACCGCUAGAGGACAUCUUCAAUUUGCCUCAUCCUCGGUCCGAGGAACCUCUAAUCACUGACAAGCGCACUUGGCGCGAGAACAUGAAACGAGUAGAGAAUGUAUCAAUGUACUGGACCGCCAUGGACAUCCUUGUAUCAUUUGCGAACAAGAAGUCUUGGGUUACCGCAAAAGCUGGACGUCCGGAUUUUUCGCGAGCAGGAAACGCCAUCUUGCGUGCUCUCGCUGAGGGACAGGUUUCUUGGGGUUUUUGGCCUCCCGCCACUCCGCUUUCGAGUAUUGAAUUAGAAUACCGUGACGGGUCGGGUCGCGGUGUUUGGAUCAAGCGAACUAACAAGGAAACCUCUGGCGGGGAGGAUAGUAAUGAACUCUCGGAAGAGGACAGUGAUGGUGAUGACGACCCCGUCUCAGAAGACUUAGAUGAUAAUGACAGCAAUGGAUCCGAACUCGAGAGCGACCGUCAGUCAGGAGGAAAUACCGGACCAAUCGACGAUGAAAAGUAUCCACUAACCACUACUCGCUUCGCAGUCUUGCACAUCGAAAGUGAUGAGGGGGCCAGUGAGUUGGAUGACGACGAGUAACCUUUCGCAAUGUGGAGAUUUCGACCGUUUGCGUGUCCGGUCCGCAACGGGAGGGGUUGAUCGGUACACCCUGGCAGUGGCAGUACUAUAGGCACUGGGAGCGCACAUCAUACCUGUAUCAUACGGUGAAUUUCCGAAGGCUAAAAACAGAAAUAACCAGGUGCAACACCCGGCCCGCACUCGAGUUGCUUUCCCGUCAA